CCCUUCCACUGGUAUGUGAUAUUCGUGAUGAAGAAUCUGUAAUAGCAGCCAUCCAAAAGACCGUCGAUACAUUUGGUAGAAUUGACAUAGUAAUUAACAAUGCCUCCGCGAUAUCAUUGACCGAUACACAAGAUACCACCCUUAAGAAGUAUAACCUCAUGCACGAAAUCAACGCGCGUGGAACGUGGUUGCAUGCCCUUCCACACCUCAUUGAAAGUGGAAAACAAAAUAGGAAUCCACAUAUUUUGAAUAUAAGUCCGCCCCUUUCUUUCAAAGAACGGUGGUUCUCAGACCACGUUGCAUACUCCAUUGCAAAAUAUAACAUGUCACUAUGUAUUUUGGGAUGGACAGGAGAAUUUCGGAAAUAUGGAAUCGCCGCGAAUGCUCUUUGGCCUUUAACAGCUAUUGAUACAGCAGCAUUGCGAGUUAUAGCACAAUCUACCUCUUCAAUCGCGAGAACUCCGGAAAUAAUGGCUGACGCAGCACAUUUAAUCCUCACUAAAAAUUCCAAAAACUUCAGUGGCAAUUUUGUGAUUGAUGAAGUUAUUUUAAGAGAGCAUGGUCAAACGGAAUUUGAUCACUAUUCUGUUAUUCCUGGUAACAAAAAUCUUCAAGAUGAUUUAUUUAUUGACAAAGAAAUAUCUGACAAAAUGAGAGCCUUGUGGAAAGAAGAUUCCCGUAAGAAAGGGCCAAAAUUGUAG